AUGGACAUUUCAUUCGUCAUUGCCACCAACAAAUUCAGUUCCAAUCUUUACAGAAAAUCUAUUUUCUCAUUUUUGUUUUUAACUCUCUCUCUCUCUCUCUCUCUCUCUCUCUCUCUCAUUCUGUCAGUCAUUCUUUCACUUCUUUAUUGUGUUAUUUCUUUUUUUCUUUCGUUUUGUUAUCUUUUUUUUUUCGUUCGUUUUUAUUUCUCGUUAAGUGCUCAAUCAUUCUUUCGAAAAACUCAUCUUGGCCAUAGAUUUUUUUUUUCGUUACUGCUCUUUCUUUUCUUUUUUUUCUUUCUUUCUUUCUUUCUUUCUUUCUUUCUUUCUUUCUUUCUCUAUUUAUUUCAUCCUUUAUUAUAUUAUAUUAUGCGUUCAUUAUCCAUUUUUGAAACUGCAUUUCAUAAUUGUCCGUUCUAUCUUUCUUUCUUUCAUUAUUUUUCGUUUUGUGUUCAUCAAUUUCUUCAUUUUUUUUCCUUUUCUUUGAUUUUCUGUUGUUUUAUGAUCGUUUAUUCUUUCUUUCUUUUUUGCUUUAUUGAUUUAUUCUUUUAUUUGUUUGUUUGUUUCUUUCUUUUUCGUAAUGAGUUCCGCCAUUAUUUCAUUUUUUUCUUUGCUUUUGAAUCUCAUUUCACUUCAUUUUUCUUAUUGUUCAUUCUUAUACAUUUUUCCAAAUUUCCUUUUAUAAUUGUUCGUUCUUUCUUUCUUUCUUUCUUUCUUUCUUUCUUUCUUUCUUUCUUGAUUUAUUUAUUUCUAGUUAUGUGUCCUGAUAUUCCUUAUGCAUGUUUCUUUCUUUCUUUCUUUCUUUCUUUCUUUCUUUCUUUCUUUUUUUCUUUCUUUCUUUCUUUCUUUUUAUUUCUUUCUUUCAAUUUUGCGUUCGUUUAUUAUUUCGCCAUUCCUUUCCUUGGAUAUUUUUCUUUCCUUUUAUUAUCGUCUGUUUGUUAUUUUUUCUGUCUUAUUUAUAUGUUGUGA